CGAAAACAACGCAAUAGGAUCUUGAAGGGGUGCGAUGGCCGACAAGGACCGAUCGAUCGCAGUGAAUAUCCGAGACUUGGAUCAAUGGAACCACUUGCGCGAGAACGCGACAGAGAAGCUCAUCGUCAUCGACAUGUAUCAAGAGUGGUGUGGCCCGUGCAAGGUGCUCGAGCCAACGUACCGUCGUAUUAUUGGUGAGACGGCGUCUGCUGAAAGCCGGCUUCAGUUUGCAGCAGUAUGUUGUACCUCGGCCAAGAUUGAGGGCAUCACUGAGAACCCCACGUGCAAGCCGCGCUUCGUUUUGUGGCGUGACAAAAAGUCCGUUGGCGAAGUGCUCGGUGUCAACGUGCCCGCACUUGAGGCCCUCAUCAAGCAAAAUCUCCCCGCGGCCAAAACCGAGGAAGACGCAGCGUAGUCGCCGCAUUGGACCUCCAUGUACAGAAAACUUGCCAUUGAAACGUCGACAUUUGUGCAGAGGGC